AUGGAAAGUAAAGAAACUGCUCGUGAUGGUGAGGAAAUACAGGUGUUGGCAGAAGCUAGUCGACUAAAAUGGUCGUCAAGAAAGGAAUUUAUCAUCUCUCUUCUUGGUUACUCGUUGGGACUAACAGAUAUUUGGCGAGUUCCUUACAUCACCUACAGGAAUGGAGGAGGUGCCUUUUUGAUACCUUUCAUCUUUUUCCUAAUGGUGUGUGGAAUUCCGUUGUACUUCCUAGAAAUAAUGACGUCACAGUUUUCUGCGAAAGGAACAUGGCGCGUUUGGGACAUGUGCCCAUUAUUUAGAGGUUUUGGUUUUGCGUUCCUUGUCAUCAACUGGACUGUGUUAGCAUACGCUAUGUUACAAAAGGCUUGGAUCAUAGAAUAUAUCGUUGCCUCAUUUUCGACCGAGCUUCCAUGGGCAUCUUGUGGGAACGAGUGGAACACGCCAGGAUGUGUCGGUCAUGGCCAGUCGGAGAGUAACUCGAAUAGUAAUGUCACUCUUAACUCCACCCACCACUACAAAUCGACUGGAAAUGGUGGGGACAAUGUUUCAAUUGUGGCCAUGUCGUCAGCAGAAGAGUUCUGGAACUACAAAGUACUAAAUCUGUCCUCCGGUAUAGACGAUAUUGGAAGCUUGAAUUGGAAAUAUCUCCUGUAUUUACUCGGAUGUCAUGGAAUCAUUUGGCUAUCAUUGGUCAAGAGCGUUCAGUCCAUCGGUAAGAUGAUGUAUGUAACAGCAAUAGCACCAGUGGUUCUGACUUUCAUUAUUUGGAUCAGAGCUUUAACACUUCCGGGAGCCACAAGUGGCAUGACCUAUUUCAUAACGCCGGAUUUCAACCGCCUCGCCCACUCAGAGGUUUGGAUAGAGGCAGCAUUCAUGGCUUUCUACACCUUAGGUCCUGCUUGGGGAGGUCUGGUUAUAUACGGAAGUCAUAACAAGUUCUCAGCAAACUGCUUCCGUGACUCUGUCAUCAGUACUACAGUAACAGUAUGUUAUGGGCUAUUUAAUGGUCUUGUGGUCUUCUCUGUGAUUGGUGUACUCGCCAACGAAAGUGGAAUACCCCUCGACAAGGUCAUCACUUCAGGCGGAUUCUCGCUUGCGUUUGUCGCCUAUCCAGAGGCUAUCACAUACUUCCCCUACCCGCAAAUAUGGGCCGUCCUAUUCUUCGUUGUACUCCUCCUGCCUGGACUUGAUAGUCAGACAAUUUUGAUGGAGCCCGUUCUGUGUGUGAUUGAAGAAAUAUUUCCUAAAACAAUCGGGAAAAGACGAAUCCCACUUCUUACAGUGAUGACCUUAAUCACCUUCGUCUGUGGUGUCCCUCUGGUUUCACAGGCUGGAGUUUACAUGUUCCAACUGAUAGAUUGGUACACCGCAACAUGGAGUAUUUUAUUCAUCGCCGUGACCGAGUCCAUUGUAUAUGCCUGGAUCUACGGUGGUGACAGACUGAGUAGAGACGCCAGACUGAUGCUAAAGAGGCCGUUACCCGCAUUUGUGCGAAUCACAACAGCCUUCAUUUUGCCCGCCGUUCUCCUGUUUUUAGUCCUCAUCAGCAUAUUUAAAUACAAACCUCCCACCUACUACACUUACGAGUACCCAGCCUACGCUCAAAUUAUUGGAUGGUGUUUUGCUAUGGUCUCAAUCGUCCCAAUGUUUGGAUAUAUGGCAUGGGCGGUAAAGAAGCAACAAGGCCCGUUGAAGGAGAGAUUGGUGUCCUUGCUGAAACCGACGGCCGAUUGGGAACCUGCAGACCAGAGUGCUAUACCGGUCUACCAACACCUAGAACGAAACUACAAACGAUCGUUCAAACGGUUGGUCGUGUACAAUUUGACAGGUCGUGGAGGAUGUGACGAAUUCAGCGGCGACAGUUCCGAAAUGGAUGCCAUCAACACUUAACUAUAAUAUGAUAUACGCGUUGCAUUCUAAGAACUCA